AUCUCCACGUUGCUCAUAGAUAUCACCAUCUCUAGAGAAUGGCAGUCUAGUUCCAUCAGGGAAAUACCAGUCUCCACGAUGAGGACCUUCAACAUCACGACAACAUGUUCUCAGGUCAGUGAUACACUGAACACUGUCACUACCAUUGCCAUCAUUCCCCACUAGACUGAUGUCCACAUAGGAAUGGUUGGCCAGAGUCUGGCUCAUGAAGGAGACAUAAGGAAAGGUCUGGCAGUACACCAGAGACCAGAACAAGCCCAGGAGCAACAGAACAGCUAGAGCCAUUUUC